AUGGCUGCGCCGCUGGAGCUGACCCAGGAGGCGGUGCUGCGCUUCUUGGCCGAGCGGGGCGGCCGGGCGCGCAACGCGGACCUGUUGGAGCAUUUCCGCGGCUUCCUCAACUCGCCCGAUCCCCAGCGCCGCGCGCGAUCCCGCGAGCGCUUUAAGGAGAUGGUCAACGCCGUGGCCACCGUGCGCCAGGAGCCUGGCUCUGGGGCCAAGUAUGUGCAGUUGCGCAAGAAAUACCGCGGCGGCGCCGGCAGCAGUAGCCCCGGAGCCCACGCGGGGGAGGCGGCGGCGGCAGGAGAAGCCGCCGCUGCUACGGACGCGUCCGCAAGCGCCGAGCUGGCCGUGGAGCCUCCGCGUCCCCCGCCGGAGUCUCAAGGUGGAGGCGAUGGCAGCAGCACCAGGAGCGGCUGCCGCCGAGACGCGGAUGCUGCCCCAGAGACGGGAGUCGUUGCCCAGCCGCUGAACGAGGGGGCGGAAGAGGAGGCGACGGGGAGCGUCCCCGGCGCUUCUACCCCCGCGGGAGACCCUCCGGGCCAGGAGCGUGGACACUCGGCCCCCUCGCAGGAUGAGGCGCCCUCGCCGGAUGCCUGCCAGGUGCCUCAGCCGGGCCAAGAGAGCCCCGGAGGAGAAGGAGGAGAGGGCGGCAGUCGGGAGGAGGAGGAGCAGCAGCAGCAGAAAGGCCGCGCUCCGCGGUUUACGGAGCAGGAGGGCGCUGAAGCGGCCGAGGCUGAAGAGAAGCUCCGUGGGGACAGCGGAGAAGGCCAGCCCGGAGAGCGCUCGCCGCCGCCUGCCAGCACCGCCUCCUCGGCCACAUUGGGCGGUGUCCCCAUCACCAACACCCCGAGGUGCGGGCGCAAGAACUUCCGGGAGCGCGUGCUGGGGAGCUCCCCUCAGAUGAAGCACGGCGGCUUGCCCUCGCGCGUCGGCAGCGGGGGCAGCCGCGGCGGCGGCGGCGGGGGAGACUCGGACAGCGCCUCGCUGGCCUCCUCUUCGGCCGAGGACGAGAGCGGCAGCGCGGGCGGGGGGUCGGUGGCGCUGGACCCGCUGGAGCACGCGUGGAUGCUGUGCGCCUCGGACGGGCGCUGGGAGAGCCUGGAGGGGCUGCUGAGCUGCGAGCCGGCGCUGCUGUCCAAGCGGGACUUCAUCACGGGCUUCACCUGCCUGCACUGGGCCGCCAAGCACGGGCGCCACGAGCUGCUGGCCCUGCUGGUCAACUUCGCGCACCGGCACCGCCUGCCCGUCAACAUCAACGCGCGCACCAGCAGCGGCUACACGGCGCUGCACCUGGCCGCCGUGCACGGCCACCUGGAGGUGGUGAAGCUGCUGGUGGGCGCCUACGACGCCGACGUGGACAUUCGGGACUACAGCGGCCGCAAAGCCUCGCACUACCUGGGCCAGGGCACCGCCGAGGAGGUGCGCAGCCUGGUCGGAGCCCUGCAGGUGGAGGCCGACAGCGCCGCGCCCAACGGCAGCGGCCGCUGGAGGCUUUCCAAGGUCCUCCCCUCCAACCUCAUCACCUACAAGCUCUCCCACCUCCACCACGGGGAUGAAGGGGAGUCAGGCGAGGGCGUGGGAGCCCCGGGCAAGGGCAGAGAACUCAGCAGGAAGAUCUCCGGCAGCGGCAGGAUAAAACCCCGGCUCAAUAAAAUCCGGUUCCGGACACAAAUCAUCCACACGACCCCGUCUUUCCGGGGUGAUACAGAGGAAGAAGGACAAGAAGAAAAGUCCCUGAAAGCCUCUUUCAAACUCAGACCUAAAUCCAAUGUGUUCGGUUAGAAUAAAGAUUAUUGGUUACACCUGAAUAGGUCAUGGUAGGUGGUGCCUCUGGUAAUAUAUCAGUUGCCAGGAUGAUGGUUAUUUUCGCUUUGUUUAGUUUUUUAAGAUAAUUUAGGAGAGGCAAGGCCUUUAAUGACUAAAUAGAAACUGGGCUAAAUAGGAUAAAUUUUCUUAAUAGAAUUUUUGAGAUUUGAAUUAAACAUUCUCCAGGACUAUACAUGCAAUGAUUUUUGGAGUGGGAGGUUCAGUGAACUUAAUAUACUCUUUUAUUUUAAAAUGGAUCAAAUUUAUUUCUGGUUACCCAGGAGCUGCUAUUUCUGGAGUGUGUACAGCUCAGUUCUCACUGAAGUGGUAAAUCAUGUUUUGGGCUUCAGUGUGAUGGGGUCUGCAUGGUGACACGAUCCUUAAUAUGGUUACAUUUGCUGCACACAGAAAAUGAAAACAUUGGGAGAAAACAUGUUGCAGAAAUUUUGAAAAGAUGCAUAGAAAAUCUAUAUAGGAGGAGGUAACUUUUUAGAUAUGGAAGUGGUUUAUCACACAGUGAGAACUGUAUCUACAAGAGCCACAUUAGGCAUUUUCACCAAAUGUGUGGUCCUAUGUGUAUGUUUACAGAUUAAAAGGAAAACAGGUAUGAGUGGCUUUUAUACAAAAGGUUAGGUGAACAAUUGGGGAUCAUCAAGCUGUCCUGCACCUCCCAAUUUUCCUUUGCUCCCACAUUUUUCCUCAGCUUUGCAGUUUUAAGAGUGCAGCUGGAGAAAAUGAAAAACCAGGCAGAGGGGAAAUGUCCAGGAAGGAGCUGAGGGAAAGAGUUAAGUGAAAGAGUUAAGCAACUAUUUGCAGUCUCCUUGCAAGUGUGUUAUCUCUCUGUAUUUGCAUAUUAAGUGAAGCAUAGCAUUGAGAACUUCAUUUUUACCUUGAACAUCCAGUUUUGGCCCUAAGAGGCAUGUGUUGAACCAUACAAAAUAUAAAUAUUUCUCCUAAAAUAUCAAAGGAUAACAACAUUAUAGGCUGUAUUUGUGAUUACUAAAGUUAGUAAAAGUUGUGCCAUUAAUUAGUAAAAGGUUGAAUCCAUCUAACACUUUUCUAAAUGCCUACAUUUAAUACAUUUAAGUGUUCUUUUCUGAACAUGCUUUACAUGUCGAAUGUACUGCCCUAGAAGGGGAAGUGCUGAAAGUCAACUUGAAUUUGUUGUGAGACAGGGCUCUGAGCAGCUGUCUAGCUGAGCUAAAACUGGAUAUUUAAUUUGUAAAGAUGUUAAUGAAAUAGUUUCUUGCUGAAUCAUUACAAAAGAACAGUAGUCUCAUGCCUGUAGCAAGACUUUCUCCUUAUCUGGGGUGUGGAAGGGGUUUUUCUUCAUUCUUGCCAAUGGGAGGCACAUUGGCUUUGAAAGGGAUGCUGAAGGCACAGACUUGCAUGUUGGAUCUGAGUUGGUGAUAACAUCUGCUGUUUGAAUUUCCCCUGAAGAUUAGUGCUAGUGCUUAACCAUAAAUUUUCUUGAUGCAGGGUAUGUUUCAUUCUCAAGAAAACGUUUGAGAGAGCUAGAAAAAAAUUCUUGUGCUAUGUUCUUAUGAAUCAGAUCUCUCAGCACUUCGGAGCAGACGUGCUCCAAGCCAGAGAUCAGGAGCUUAGACAAUUUUGCAUGCUCCCUGGUACACCUGUGGAUACAUUACCGCGUAUGUGCAUGAAGAUCUCAGUGGGGUAAGAUAGGACAGUUGUACAUGGAAUUACCUGUUACUGAGUAUUAAAUGUAUGUGCCUGUGCGGGCUUAUGCAAAGUCAGUACACUAAGGCAACACUUGGAAAUCUAAAAGCACAUGCAUUAUUUGCUGAAGUCUGUUACAGAAUUUCUUAGAAACUUUCUUAUGUUCUGUUUGGCAAGUAUGUCACUUAACAAUUCCCUUUUCUAAAAGAGCCAAUAAAUGUGUGUCUAGAAAAUCACACAUGCAUCCAUAUAGUUUAACACUUAAAAUACUUUUUAUUUUAUGGGAGGAAAAUAAUAGUAUUAUAAAGAAAUGGUUUAAAAAGUGGAAAUGUCACUAACAUCACAAAAUGUCUGUUUCAGAGUCAGCAAUUUUUAUAAAAUGUGAUGGCCUGGCUUCUGUCACUAGCACUUUGUCUUCAAACUACAAGGAUAUUGGGGCAGGCCCUCAGAUGCUGCUGUGACUGUGAAACUAAAAUACUGCCAAAUAAACAAAUCUUGCUAAGGUGUGUUUCUCAAAUGGUUUAUCCAUUAUUUUGGAACUGAUCUAAAUAAUGUAGUUCUAAAACCAUGGAUAUAAACACUACUGUUGGUUCUGAAAGAAGCUUCAGAUGCUAUCCUGGAUGUUCCUUAAACUACAAGGGAAAUUUUGCAAACCCUCAUACUGAAUUUAUUGGCAAUUUUCCUUCUUGGACAUGAUGGUAGAACCAUGGCAAGGUGGCUGCUUGCGUAUCCACUCAAUGUAAUGUCUGAAACUUCUUGAUCUUAAGCAAAAAGUAACAGCAGCUUUGAUUAAAUCCAAGCAAUGCAUAUGAUACUAACAGAAGUUGGAAAAAUGGAUUCUGAAGCUUCCUUGCUUUCUGCCAAAACCAUGGUGAUAGGAGUGUGAUGAAAACUAUAAAGUCAAACUGCUUACAUAAACAUAAAUGAUACUGUCUAGAAUCUUUGGUGGAUGAAACUAAAUCAUAAGAACAGCCUGAUAUUCAAUCUGCCACAGUAUUUGGUGCUUCUCUAUAAACGAUAGCUGAAAAAAGUGCAUCCUCAAUUUUAAGGUUAUAGUUAUAUCUGCCUUGUGUUAAACAUUGCACCAUACAAAGGAGCGUACUGAGCUUUCCCGCUCACAUUCAGUAGGAUGCAGACCAAUGGUGUCUCCAUCUUUUUGCCAACAUGUAAUUUAUUAUAGCAAAGUAAAUGUUUGAAAGUAUUGCUGCACUACAGUUCUAGAUGUUUAAUCUUGUAGCAAAGAUUAUAGAAAUUGGCAAUUCUGCAGUGCAGAAUGUCUAAAAUAGAAUACCGUUACAAAUUUCUUUAAAAUAAGCUAAGCAUUGCUAACCUUAACUUCCCUGUGUGAUCUCUGAGAGGAGUAUGUUCCACACCAUUCUAUUUUUAAAAUGUUGGCAGUCUACCAUAUUUAAAGGACUGGUAGAGCUGACACAAGGUAUUUUUAUAGGUACCGUCUAUGUAAAUGUUCAUAUAAGUCUAAAAGUUUGCAUAUGUUGUUAGUUUCUCUUUGAUAAUCAUAAAGAAAAUAUUUUGAACUUUAGAUUCUUUAAACUGUGGGUCUUUUACUAUAGCAAUUUUAACAACUUUGUUCACUAGCUAAGGGCUCUGUCAUAACUGGGGAUGUAAGAAUUGAUUGAUAACAUGUGUCACUGCCUCCCAGUGUGCAAUUCCAGAAGUUUCCUAGUAAAAAUCAAUAUGUGUAACAAAUUUGAUUCUUAAACAGUAAAUUAAUACCAGCGGUGGUUGCAUGCAAGGUGUCAUUUUUCCCCACAGGUACAGUGCAUGCAUAUGACUAAACACUUAGAGGUGAUGGAUGCAAAUAAAGAUCUGUUCUUGUUCGGUCGUAUGUUCCAUUGAAGUAAGUCUGAAGAAGUACAUUGCACAACUAACAGAGGGACACUAGCAGUGUUCUGUUUUAGCCAUGUCCUGUAUAAGGUGCUUUCCAUAAUAGGAUUUAUUCUGCCUGUUGACUCAUUCUCUCUUGUCACUGAAUGUUUUAAAAACUACAAGUUUUCAUGUCCGAAGUCUCUUCUGAGGAAAACUGAUUCUGUAUUGGUACUUGUGAUUUAACUGGUUUACACCUGUGUGGAUAAUGUACAGAGCAUGUGGCUUAAUAUGAUGUGGUACAAAUCGGGGGCACUUAUGUUUCUGUUCAGGUUAGAAGCCAUCCCUUUCUGCAAAGAUAUGAAAUGAGAUGAAACUUUCAGUCUAAUGCCCCCUAGGAACAAGUUGCACUGAAACCAGUGGGGUUUACUUUUAAAUGACCAUACAUGUGAGUAAGUUGUAAUGUUUGUUACCUUAUACCUGAAUUGGGUAUGUCUGUCCAAGGCUGUAUUGGGAAAAAUAAACUUUGAUAUGUGCCUGAAUGAACUGUUGGGUGAAGUGAAGAAUGACUGUAAAACAUAUCUCUCUUAAUGAAAUAAAAGUGUCAUGGAUCUUUUUA